GGCGGCCGAGAGGCGGAAGUGUAGGUUGUUGUGGCUCGGCCGGCUGCGCGAGAGGGGCUGCCGCUGCUUAGGCGGCGGCCGCGGCACUGAGGCGGUGGCGGCGCUGCCGACCGCGGGCCGCUCGGCCUCUGGGCUCGGCCCGCAGUCUUCCCUCAGCCCACCGGGGCCCACGCCGACCAGCACCUGUCCUAUGAGUGUGUCACUGGUGGUCAUCCGACUGGAGCUCGCGGGUCACUCGCCGGUCCCCGCCGACUUCGACUUCAGCGCCGCCGCUGGAGAGAUGUCCAAUGAGGAGAUCAAAACGAAGACAUUGGCUUCAGCUGCCGCCUGCCUAGAAGGGAAGUCACCAGGGGAGAAAGCAGCCAUCAUCCACCAGCACCUUGGCCGUCGGGAAAUGACCGAUGUGAUUAUUGAGACCAUGAAGGCCAGCACAGAUGAGUUGAGAGACACAACAGAAGAAAAGAAGCCCUCAGCAGCCCCCGUCUCUGUACAGAGAAGUAGAGAGCAGAGUGAGCCUGUGACCACAGCCCCAGAGUCUCCAUCCAAGCAGCUCCCAGACCAGAUCUCCUUCUUCAGCGGCAACCCUUCCGUUGAAAUAGUCCACGGCAUCAUGCACCUGUACAAGACAAAUAAGAUGACCUCCCUGAAAGAAGACGUGCGGCGCAGUGCCAUGCUGUGUGUCCUCACGGUCCCUGCCACCAUGACCAGUCAUGACCUCAUGAAGUUUGUUGCCCCGUUCAAUGAUGUAAUUGAACAAAUGAAAAUCAUCAGGGACUCCACUCCGAAUCAAUACAUGGUGCUGGUCAAGUUCAGUGCACAGGCUGAUGCGGAUAGUUUCUACAUGGCAUGCAACGGCCGCCAGUUCAACUCCAUUGAAGAUGACGUCUGCCAGCUGGUCUAUGUGGAAAGGGCUGAAGUGCUGAAAUCUGAGGAUGGCGCCAGCCUCCCUGUGAUGGACCUGACGGAGCUCCCUAAGUGCACUGUGUGUCUGGAGCGAAUGGACGAGUCUGUGAACGGCAUCCUCACCACCCUAUGCAACCACAGCUUCCAUAGCCAGUGUCUGCAGCGGUGGGAUGACACCACGUGUCCUGUGUGCCGGUACUGUCAAACGCCAGAGCCAGUGGAAGAAAACAAGUGUUUUGAGUGCGGUGUCCAGGAAAACCUCUGGAUUUGUUUAAUAUGUGGCCACAUAGGAUGUGGGCGGUACGUAAGUCGACAUGCUUACAAGCACUUUGAGGAGACCCAGCACACGUAUGCCAUGCAGCUCACCAACCAUCGCGUCUGGGACUAUGCCGGAGAUAAUUAUGUCCAUCGGCUGGUUGCAAGCAAGACAGACGGAAAGAUUGUUCAGUACGAGUGUGAAGGCGACACGUGCCAGGAAGAGAAGAUAGAUGCCUUACAGUUAGAGUACUCAUACUUGCUGACAAGCCAGCUGGAAUCGCAGCGGAUAUACUGGGAAAACAAGAUUGUGCGCAUAGAGAAAGACACGGCCGAGGAGAUUAACAACAUGAAGACCAAGUUUAAAGAGACCAUCGAGAAGUGUGACAGCCUGGAGCUCAGGCUCAGUGACCUUCUGAAGGAGAAGCAGUCUGUGGAAAGGAAGUGUACUCAGCUGAACACCAGAGUGGCCAAGCUCAGCACGGAGCUACAGGAGGAGCAGGAGCUGAACAAGUGUCUCCGUGCCAACCAGCUGCUGCUACAGAACAAGCUGAAGGAGGAGGAAAAGCUGCUGAAGGAAACUUGUGCCCAGAAGGACCUGCAGAUCACUGAGAUCCAGGAGCAGCUGCGUGAUGUCAUGUUCUACCUGGAGACACAGCAGCAGAUCAGCCACCUGCCAGCAGAGACGAGACAGGAGAUCCAGGAAGGGCAGAUCAACAUCGCCAUGGCCUCAGCCCCCAACCCAGCCCCGUCGGGUGCUGGUGGGAAGCUGCAGUCCAGGAAGGGCCGCAGCAAGAGGGGCAAGUGACCUUCAGAGACUUGUCCCUGAGACUUCCUGGGCACCACAGGGUGUGCUGGGACCUUUGCUGAGAGGGAGGGUGGGCCCUAAUAAGUACGUCUAAGGACGAACUGCGGUCGGUCGUGUGGCUCCUUCAUUUGUUGCGUGUGGUGUGAGGAGACUAAAAGGGGGAGGCGUUGGCAGCACUUCCCAAGGGUGAGUCACAACUCAGACACCUCAUGGCCAUUCUGCCUUCCAACUGGGUAGCCCCAGGCUUGUGCGUCUUUCCAUUGUAUUUAUUCAGUUGGAGCGCUUGCAGUGGGUUCCAGGGUAAAUGUGUGACAUUUGUGCUGUGACCUCCCGGGCAGCAUUACCCAGCACUAAAGCACAAUCCUCCCAGAGGCCCCAGCGCCUUCAGGAGAGGAGCCUGCUGCCCACUGCCCACUGCAGAGGGCCUCCCUGCCACCCACUCCUCCCUUCCCUUGCAGAGUUGAAGAGCAGCUUGCACGUCAGAGAGAAGGGGCUAGGUUAUAAACCAGGCACAGGCCUGUCCUCAGUGGCCUGGCUUGGGACAGCUGGAGUAGACGAAGUUUAGAGAGGUGGUGACUGGGACAGCUCUCGUUAUUUCUAAUGACUCCACAUGAAAUGUGCCUGUCAGACAAGAAAAGCCUUGCUGGCUCCUCCUCAGCUCAGGGCAAGCCUAGCGAGAGGCCUCCGACAAGCUGAUGUGUUGCUGGGGUCAAUGUAUACUGACUAUUUACAAGCAGGGCUUCAUGUUCGGGUCGCAGCUAGAGGGAGCUUGGGCAGAUUUCAGUUACUCUUUUAUGAUAGUUUCAAAGGCUGCUUGUCACUCCAGAAAACGGCUUGAGCAGAGCCUUUUCCAAACAGCCAUACAGUACUUACUGUGACCAACAGAGGGGCUGUGUGCCUCUCUCUAGAGCCAGGAACAUCAGGUAACUUGUAACAAAUUAAUGGAACAGAAUUGAGGGGACACCGUGUUUGGAUUUAGCUUCUAGAAGAGCCGGGGCAGUUGUGUGUAGUACAGUUUAAUUUUUUGCUUUAUCAUCAGCCAAAGGUUUAAAAUGUCACACUUUAGGGACUUUUUUUUUCCAACUGACUGGACCUCAUCCUUUGACCGGAAUGUCUGACAAGUCACCACGUUGCCUGUGUUGCUGAUUACCAUCCAGUUCUGUGGAAUGUGCGGUGGCAUUUCCCAAAACCCCACCUGUGACUGCAGAAUGACUGCUCAGACGCAGACCUCUGUGGCUCUGCAGGCCAGCACUCCGGAUCUUCAGGCCUGAGCCACCUCUUACAGAGCUUCUAUUUUAUCUAGAACGAGUUUUACACUGUUACAGCCUUGCCGGCUCAGCCCCGCUUGUCCUGCACAUCUGACCUUGCAGAAGCUGGGGUGGGUGGUAGCAUGCUAAUUAAGAGAAUUGGAAGUAGUUUUCAAAGCUGGCUCGCCAUUUCAUUACAACCCACCCAGCAGCCCUGCCACCCAGAUGAGAGCAGAGCAGAGCUUCACAACACAGGUUGGGGAAAAUGCCUGGGAAGGCUGUGGCCAGAGGAAGCAGCCGAUGGGCAGAGGUUUCCAAACUACUUGAAGGUCUUUAAAAAUGUUCCAGGAAAACAAAAAUCAAGAUGUGUAAAUAAAAUGUUAUUUUAAAAGGUCA